AACCCCGAUGUCUCAGUGAAUGUCUCUGACAGUGUAAUGUGACAAAUUUAUUUGUAGUGAGUUGUGUAAUAUGUGCAGGGGAAAGUUUUUAAUUGAAGGAACACUACUGUUACUUGUCUCAUCCUUGAAGUACCAAAUUUGUGACCAUUUUAUACGAGAGCCCCUCAGCGACCAUCCAGCUACCACCUUAACUGCCUAAUUCCCUUUGGGAAACGCUGCGUUUGAGAAUGCAUGGAUUUUUAUCACCGUUCACUACUGUGUAAUCUGACGUAGCAGAAGACUUACCAGCACACAGAGAUUCUUUUUGACCAUCUUGAUACUCCCUGUGCAUAGACGAUCUUUGGUAUACUGGACCCCACCUGUGUCACCUGAUCCCUAGCAACUAGCAAGGUCUAGGUGUAACAGCAAGAAAACCAGCAGCUACAGCAUUCACCGUUUCCAUGGGAACUCGAACAAAAAAGCUUGCUCAACCCAAACUCAACCACCUGCGAUAUCCAGACCGUCGAUCUGUCUACUGGCUGGAUCAUCUCCCAGAGGAGAGGACUGGAUCCAUCACCAAAACCGAGUUAACUCCUCGCUGGUCAGAUUUGUGUAGAAGCAAGAAGUUCCACCUUCAAGUCAUACGUUCUCCUACAUGGGAGGUUAGCGAACAGGCUCUCCGGGCUGUCCCAUCUGAACGGUUGUGUCAUCUGGCUAAACCUCGGGUCUGUGCGACUGGAUGGCAGCCAGACCGCCUGCUGCUGGCCCCUUUGAACAGAGCCACACAGACAGCAGUUGCCUCUUCACGAAUUUGCCAGCUUGCCCAACCAAAAAGAAGACCAGCUCUGGAAGACUUUGGCCACAAAUGUAAACCUGAAACCAUCACUCAUGUGCCCCGCAGAGCAUCAGCACACAUAGAGCUGCUUGCUGCCCCAAAGCUUGAGCACCCCAAGUUUGAAGGAGGGCGCUCAGUAUGCUGGCUUGUCUCCAGAGCUGCCAGAAACCACGUACCCAGCCAGAGACUUCUUGAGCUUUCUGGUCCCAAGGAGAGAAAAGCACUGUUUGAGGGAUACGACCCAUAUGCAGUUAGCCGAGCAGCCUGCUCUGCCAGCCCGUCACCUCGGAUACAACAGCUCUCUCUGCCCCUGCCACGCAAAUGUAGCUCAAAACAAGAGGGAUGA